GGAAGCCGCUCCCAGGAGCAGCGGGGCGGCGGCGGCGGCGCGGUAACCGCUGCCGGGGCGCGGGACACGUCCCCGGGCGCGCCACCGCUACGUCACCGCCUGGGCGGGGCUUGGCGCCGCGCCGGAAGUGGGGCGGUUGCCCGGCAACGGUUGCCAGGCGACGGCGGCGGCGGCGACGGGCGGGCAUGGCGGCGGCGGCGGCGGGCAGCGGGCCGGCCGGCACCUUCCUCGGCUUCAUGGCCGAGGGGACGCUGCUGUUCCGGCGGGGCGAGUACGACAAGGCCCUGGGCUGCUUCGACAACGCGCUGAAGCUGAGGGCAGCAGACAAGCACUGUCUGGUUGCCCGCUCAAAAUGUUACCUGAAACUUGGAGACACGGAAAAUUCCCUGAAAGAUGCCGAAGCUUCCCUCCAAAGCGACAAAACUUUCUCCAAGGGGCUUUACCAAAAAGCUGAGACGUUAUAUACCAUGGGUGAUUUUGAAUUUGCGUUAGUGUUUUAUCAUCGAGGCAACAGACUACGUCCAGAGCUCCAGAAGUUCAGACUGGGUAUCGAGAAGUCCCAGGAGGCAAUCAUUAACUGCAUUGGAAGUCCGUCCUCAGUUAAACUGGAGAGUAAAGAGGAUCUGUGCUUUAUAAGCAGGCAGGCAGAGGUCAAAAAAGCAAAUCAGAAACUCCCAAUCAAACUGCCUAAGGAAUGCACAAGGAAACAGAAGACUGUGAGGAACCCAAAAACAGAGCGACAGCUUCUUGGAGAGCUUUACGCUGACAAGGCCUACCUAGAAAAGUUGCUCAAGGACAAAGAUUUGAUGGAGAGCAGCACAAAGCAGGGGAUCAAAGUAGCAGACCUGGUUUUGAGUGGCAUUUCCUACCUCGACGCACGCAGUGAAUUCUGGCAGCAGCAGAAGCCUAUUUAUGCCCGUGUGAGAGAGCGCAAGCUCCGGCAGCAAAGGUGGAUCCGGGACAAGAAGCAAAAACCAGCUGAGGUUGGCAGAUACAUUGUGAAGAGUAUGGAGGACAUUGAUAUGUUGCUGUCUGGCGAUGCCCCUGAAGAAAGCUGCAAGAAAGCUGAGCGCGUGCUAAAAACAAUACAAGGGUGGUCAGAUGAUGAAGUUCCCAACAAGAAUGAGCUGAUUGGAAACCUCUACAGCUGCAUUGGGAAUGCUCAGCUGGAGAUGGGCCGCUUGGAGGCGGCUCUGCAAAGCCAUAAAAUGGAUCUGGAAUGUGCCAGGCAGAGCAACCUGCCAGAUGCCGUAUCCAGAGCCCUUGACAACAUCGGCAGAGUUUAUGCCAGAAUGGGCAAAUUCCAGCAAGCCGUUGACACCUGGGAGGAGAAGAUUCCAAUGGCAAAAUCCAGCCUGGAGAAGACCUGGCUGUUCCAUGAAAUUGGCCAAUGUUACCUGGAGCUGAAUAAAGCUGAAGCAGCCCAAAAUUAUGGACAGAAGUCCCUGCAGUCAGCAGAUGAGGAAGGAGACGUUGAGUGGCAGCUCCAUGCCACUGUCCUGGUGGCACAAGCACAAGUAAAAUUAAAGAAUUACCAGCCUGCAAUCUUGAACUUUGAAAAAGCGCUUGAGAAGGCAAAGCUUAUUCACGAUGAAGCUGCUCAAAAGGCCAUCAUCAUUGCCUUAGAUUACGUGAGCAAAAGCUUCAUCGAAGAGCUGAACGAAAGAAGAAAAGAAACAAGAGUUUACUCUCUUAAAGAUUAUGAUUUCACCAGCGAAAACACGCUGGAGCCCGCGGAGAGGGAGCGGGAGAGAGAGGGCACCGAGGCUCCGGAGGAGGAAAAGCAAAAAGACGAGGCCAGGAAGGAUAAAGAGCUCGGAAACAACAAAGAAGGGAAGGAGCAGAAGAGCGGAGCCGGGCCGAAGCCGUAGGAGCCGCCGCCGAACCCCGCUGGAGCGUCCCGGUGCGGCAAACACGAGCUCUGCCCGCAGCCCGGCUCUCUCCUGCCUGCCCAGGGCGCCGCCGCCCCCCCCCCCUCCCCGGGCAGGGGACACCCUCCUCCGCCCCCCACCCGGGCAGGGGACACCCUCCUCCGCCCCCCAAGCGGGCAAGGGACACCCCCUCCGCUCACCCACCCCCCGCCCCGAGCAACGGGACACCCUCCUCCGCCCCCCAAGCGGGCAGGGGACGCCCCCCGUGUCCGCCCCCCAAGCGGGCAAGGGACACCCCCUCCGCUCACCCACCCCCCGCCCCGAGCAACGGGACACCCUCCUCCGCCCCCCAAGCGGGCAGGGGACGCCCCCCAUGUCCGCCCCACAACAGGGCUGGGGACAAUCUCCUCCGCCCCCACGCGGGCAGGGGACAUCCCCCUCCAUCCCACAACGGGGCUGGGGACACCCCCCACGUCCGCCCCCCAAGCGGGCAGGGGACACCCCCCUCCGCCCCCGGGGCGGGCCCGGCCCGGCCCCGGGCGGAGCCGGCGGCGGGAGGGGGGGGCCCGGUGCUAUGAAAGGGGCCGCGGCCGUGCCCGCCCCAGAGCCGCUUCCCCGCCGCGCCGCUCCGCACCGGCGGCCGCCCCGGAGCCGCUGCCCUCACCAUG